AAUUCAAAUUUGCAUAUUCAUGAAGUAGGCGGGGCCUGGAGCGGGACUAUAUAAGCCGCCGCCCCGCCAUCCGCCGCGUUCGUCGCGCUGAGGCUUUGAAGUGCAGGGUGGUGUUCGCGGUCCCGCACACCGGUCACGAUGGCAUCAGAUGAAGGCAAGCUGUUCGUCGGAGGGCUGAGCUUUGACACCAACGAGCAGUCGCUGGAGCAGGUUUUCUCCAAGUACGGGCAGAUCUCUGAAGUGGUGGUGGUGAAAGACAGAGAAACCCAGAGGUCCAGAGGCUUCGGCUUUGUGACGUUUGAAAACAUAGAUGAUGCAAAGGAUGCAAUGAUGGCCAUGAAUGGGAAGUCUGUAGAUGGCCGUCAGAUCAGAGUCGAUCAAGCUGGAAAAUCAUCAGAGAACAGAUCCCGAGGCUACAGAGGGGGAUCCACCGGGGGCAGGGGCUUCUUCCGUGGGGGCAGAGGUCGGGGCCGUGGCUUCUCCAGAGGAGGUGGAGACAGAGGCUACGGUGGGAGCAGAUUUGACUCCAGAAGUGGAGGAUAUAAUGGCUCCAGAGACUACUAUAAUAGCAGCAGGAGUCAAGGUGGCUAUGGAGACAGGUCUUCAGGAGGCUCCUACAGAGACAGCUACGACAGUUACGGUAAGUCCUGGUUCAAAUGGGAGCCAUGCGUACGUUGCUGUAGGAACUCUCUAAACCUUCUGACCCUGUUGUGAUGUCUGGAAAUGCUCUGAGGUUCAGCUUUGGCCUGUGCCCCCCCUCCCCUUCCCCCCUUUUUCUUUUCCUUGGCCAUAAGAACCAAUCUUGUCAGGCUUUUGGAGAUGGCGGUUGUGCCGUUUUAUAAUGUCUUUUUAAUUUGUAAUGCAUGUUGGAGGAGUUGCUUGGAUCUAAAGGCAAAAAAGCAAGUUGUUGUUUUUUUUUCUUUUCCUUUCUUUCUUUUAAAUUCAUUCUUGGAGCUUGAGACUAAACCAAAAAAAAAAACAAGGAAGCCCUGACAAACUGCAUUCAAGGGUGGGGGAGUUCUCUGACAUGGUAGCACACUUUAGCUGCUGGAAUAAUGCAAGGGAGUUAAAAUGCUGGUGGAACUUGUCUAUGCUUCAGUGCCUUUACAAUUGUGCCUGCUUCUUGUCCUCAGCUACACACAACGAGUAAAAAUCCUUCCUGACUCAAGAUCGUCCUUCCAAUGGCUGUAUUUAUAAAGAUUUUUGGAGCUUCGCUGAAAUGGUUAUUAUUGUGUAGUACAUCUUACUUGUAUUUUCCACUUUUGUAGUAUUAUCAGUUCUAAUCUUGUCAAAAAGAAAACAAAAAACACAGCCUGACAGCUUCUGAUAAACCAGAUGGGUCUGAUGAGACUUGAUUCCUUUUAGGAAGGCUCUGCUUUCGAGUGGGUUUUUUUUUUAAUCUCUUUUGGAAAGCACUUCAGAUUUUGUUCGAACACGAUGAGCCAAGGUGUUUUUUUUUCUUACAUAGAAAGGCAUGAAGUUGGGGCCCCCAUAAUUCAGUUUCUUUUCAGAUAGAAAGGACCUUUUAACCCAACGUUCACGAGAAGCUGAACAAGCUGUGGACUUCUUCUUUUUUUUUAAGUGCAUUACCUUCGUCUUUUGUAACAUUCCUUUAGUGUAGCAAGGUAGGAAUGCAGCCUGGGUACAAAUUGGAAGGCAAAAAACCACCUUGAUAUAUCUAAAGAGAAACUUUGCUUGUAUGUUCGACCCGCAUAACGGUAUUUUUACUGUUGUAACGAUGUAAAUUACCCAGAAAAUAGACUUGCAAACUUACCAUAAAAGAGGUUCUUGAAAAUGUUUAUUUAUAUUGUCCUUUUUUACUGGAAGAAAUAUGCAUAUUCCAUUGAUAUUGUAUUUGAAAAGUGGUAAAGGAUUCUUGUAUACAGUUUUUGGCUUUACGAAGCCUAUUAAAAGACCGUCUGAAAUGAACUCUGCUCCUGCCAUUGACAUUUCAUUGCACAACACAGUCCUUGAAGACGAUACAGUGUGUGUGUAGAAGAUGCCAGAGGAGAGGAGAGAAGACUAGCGGUAGUGUAAGAGCCAAGCAGACUCAUUGAACUCAGUUGCUAGAGUUGAAGCUUAAACUCGGUCUUGCCAUAUGAAUUAAUGGACGGCUGCCACUGGGCCCAUAGGGGCAAAGCAGCCCCAGCCUUUGGGUGUUGGAAUGCUUGGUGUCAGCUGAGCCCAGCCUUAGCGAGGAGAAGUUGUUUUCCUUCCUAACGCUGAAUUGAAUCCUGCUGUUUCGAAGCCUUAGUGAAGAAUUAGUCCUUUGGUAACUGGGCUUAGUGUUAAUGGUAGGUAAAUUGCCUUACUUAGCUAGCUUUGUCAUUGCCUUACAAGUUCUAAGAAUUCUUUGCUAGCAUAUGGAAACUGCAGUGUCCUUGGAGAGAAAAGAAGUGUUGUGCCUCCAACAGAAACCUCUGAGACGAAAGCUGCUCUCUUGGCUAGUUCAUAUGUGGAAAUAGUCCUGUAAUUCGAGGUAACUCCUUUUGCUCAUGUCCGCAUCCUUCCUCUUGUUGAGAGCUCAUUUUGAAAGCCUUAUUGUACCCGUGACAAAAAAAAAACCACCAUAUAUACCUAAAUAUAUAUAUUCCUAUUUUGGUCAACUGAUGGACAAAUUGGAACCCAUGCCGUAUGCAACCUUUGGCUUGUGGCACAACUUUCAGUUCCACAGAUCAGAGUUGGGCAUGCAGUCAUGUCUUGCUAGUAGGUACGGAAGCAAGAUGGGAAAGCGAAUUCCCUCACUCGAUAUGUGUUCAUCUAUUGAGAAUCUUCCUAGAAACUUCAUUAAGUUGCUCACUUUUAAUUGUAGCUUUUUUGUUUUUUUUUUUUUCUUUUUUUGCCAUCCUACUUGUUGCCAUUAACUUUUUCCCCUAAUAGCCCACACUUUUCCUAAGCAGCCGUAUCCAAAGUGGUUUUUAACUCUCUGCUUAGGGAUACAUUGGCUGGCAUAUCAAAGGCAGCAGCCGGCCCUGGAACUGUUUUCCCACACUGUGCUUCUGUGAUGUGAUGGGUUCAGCGAAUGGCUUGUGAUACCCUCGUAUCUGAUGUCACCUGUGUUGGGGGAGGGAGGGAGGGCUGGAAAUUGAUGCUCUUCCUGUUUGAUGCCAUCAUUAAUGUGUUUCUGCUUUGGCAGGCUGAAGAGGAGGCUGGAUGCUGAGCUUGGAAGCUGACUUGGGCUUUGAGAAGGAGUUUGGUGCUGCUGGGGGGAAGCAGAACCCGGAGCUGUGUUUGCAAACCAGCAAUGAGCUGCUGUGGAGAAGACCCAGAGAAGGAAGGACAGCAUUGAGUUGGAGAUAUGAAGAGCUUUGAGCAGAGUUAUUAUUGAUGUUCAUAAGUCAAUUGUAUGAGCAGGAAACCCUGCUGAGCAUGGAAUAAAACACUGCCAUGUGGCUAAAAGGAA